AUGGCCGCUCACGAUAUGCCUACGCAAGGCUGGGAGGACGAGAAGCGGGCUCACGACGACACGAUUGGACCCCACGACCCUCCACGAGUUGAGGCGAACGACUUGAAAGUUCAAGAUGGCAGACAAGGCGAGAAGAAUGCCACGAUGAUCGACGUAGAGCAGGGCAAGCUCUCGCCGACCGCAUCGGAGGACGAAGGGGAUGGAAGGUCGGACGACAGCACGAAGAAGUCUGGCAAGUUCAAGACGUUCUACCGCAAACAUAAGAUCUGGUUCGACUUGGCCGGAUGGUGCAUCAUCACUGGCUGGUGGGCAGCAUCGCUCGGUCUUCACCACGACGACAAGAACUGGGUGGUGCCGUUCCUGCUCUGGCUGGCCAUUUCUCUGCGCCUCCUCUUCUGCCACAUUCCCAUCUCGAUCAUCACGAAGCCCAUGCAUUGGGUGUGGAACAACACCGGUCCUCGCGUGGUCAAAUUCAUACCGGAGCGAUUCCGCCUUCUCGCUGGAGCCACACUUACAGUCGCCGUGAUCAUGCUGGGCGCCUUUGUGAGCGAAGAAUCGGCCGAUAACACAAGGGAGAACCGCGCCGUCAGUCUCUUCGGCCUGGGCGUGCUCAUCUUCGCCAUGUGGGCCACCUCCAGAAACCGGAAAGCGAUCAACUGGCACACCGUCAUCGUCGGCUUCCUCAUGCAGUUCAUCAUCGCGCUCUUCGUGCUGCGGACCGGCGUAGGCUAUGACAUCUUCAGCUUUAUCUCCGAGCUCGCCCGCCUACUGCUUGGAUUCGCGAAAGACGGCGUUGCCUUCUUGACCACCCAAGAAAUCGUCGAUACGCAGCAGUAUUUCUUUUUCAGCGUCCUCCCGGCCAUCAUCUUCUUCGUCGCCAUCGUGCAGAUGCUGUAUCACUGGGGGCUCCUCCAAUGGUUCAUCGGCAAAUUCGCCGUCUUCUUCUUCUGGGCCAUGCGCAUUUCCGGCGCCGAGGCCGUGGUGGCUGCCGCAACACCUUUCAUCGGCCAAGGCGAGAGCGCUAUGCUGAUCAAGCCGUUCGUCCCGCACCUGACGCAAGCCGAGCUGCACCAGGUCAUGACUUCUGGCUUUGCUACAAUCGCUGGCUCCGUCCUCGUGGCUUACAUCGGUAUUGGUGUCAACCCCCAGGCUCUAAUCUCCAGCUGCGUCAUGUCCAUCCCCGCCUCCCUCGCCAUGAGCAAGCUCCGCUACCCCGAAACCGACGAAUCCAUCAGCGCCGGCACCGUCGUCGUCCCCAACGACGGCGACAACAAAGCCGCCAACACCUUGCACGCCUUCGCCAAUGGGGCCUGGCUCGGGCUCAAAAUCGCCGGCAUGAUCCUCGCCACGCUCCUCUGCAUCAUCGCGCUCCUUGGCCUAGUCAACGGGCUCCUGGGCUGGUUCGGCCGGUACCUGAACAUCGACGACCUCACCAUCGAGCUCAUCCUGGGCUAUAUCUGCUACCCCGUCGCCUUCCUACUGGGCGUCCCUCGCGGUCCCGAUCUCCUUAAAGUCGCCCGCCUGAUCGGAGUCAAAGUCAUCGCCAACGAAUUCGUCGCCUACGACAUGCUCCGCAACACCGCGACCUACCAAUCCAUGUCCCCGCGCUCCACGCUCAUCGCCACCUACUCCCUCUGCGGCUUCGGCAACAUCGGCUCGCUGGGCACGCAGAUUGGCGUGUUGUCGCAGAUUGCGCCGGGCCGGGCGGGGGAUGUGAGUCGGUUGGCGAUUAGUGCGUUGAUUACGGGGGUUUUGAGUACGUUGAGUAGUGCGAGUAUUGCCGGGUUGGUUAUUCAGGAUCAGGAUAAGUUUACGAAUUGA